AUGCCGCUUCAACUGACCAAACCAGCGCCCCAGUUUAAGGCCACGGCUGUAGUCAACGGGGAGUUCAAGGACGUGUCUCUCUCAGACUACAAAGGCAAAUACGUCGUCCUGUUCUUCUAUCCACUAGACUUCACAUUUGUCUGCCCAACGGAGAUCAUCGCGUUCUCAGAGCGCGCUGAUGACUUCCGUAAGAUCGGUUGUGAGGUUAUCGCUGCCUCCACUGACUCACACUUUACACAUCUCGCCUGGAUCAACACACCACGCAAACAGGGGGGUUUGGGUCCAAUGAACAUUCCCAUGAUCAGCGACAAAUCUCACCGCAUCGCCCGGGACUACGGUAUAUUAGAUGAAGAGAGUGGCAUUCCCUUCCGUGGCCUCUUCAUCAUUGAUGACAAGCAACUGCUUAGACAGAUCACCGUCAAUGACCUUCCUGUUGGCCGCUCUGUAGAUGAGACUCUGAGGCUGGUGCAAGCAUUCCAGUUCACAGACAAGUAUGGUGAGGUCUGCCCUGCAAACUGGCACCCUGGCUCCAAGACUAUCAAACCCGACACUAAGGCUGCGCAGGAGUACUUCGGAGACGCCAACUAA